CAAUAAUCCAUCGGGAAAUAAUGAAGAACAAUCAGAUGAUAUUCAAAGUGCUGGUCCAUCAUCAAAAAAACAGGCGAAAACUGCAGUUCAACGCAUACGAGAAUAUCGUGAGAGAAGAAAAGAUAAUGUCAACAUGGAAUCCAAUAAUCCAUCGGGAAAUAAUGAAGAACAAUUAGACCUCUGUGAUUUAACUUUGAAGUACGACGACAUUGCAAAACAUAAAAAGGCUCAUGAAAAUUUCGAUAGAAAAUUUCGGAAAAAUCCAUUUGGUUAUUCAUGUACAAUCUGUGAUAGAUUAUGGUUCAAAAAUGACUUAAAAAAGGCAUCUGACAAUUAUAAAGAUCUAUUGAAGAAAAUAACGAAUAUCAACAACAUUAAAGAUGCAAUGAUUUGUUCGACAUGUAAAGUUAGUCUUGAAAAGCAAAAUAUUCCAAUAUUGUCAUGGUACAAUGGAUUUAAAUAUCCAGAAAUUCCUGCACAAUUACCGAAACUUGACCUAGUUACGGAAAGAUUAAUUUCUCCUCGUCUCCCAUUUAUGCAGAUACGAAGACUACGGCUUGUGCAUGGGCAGUUUGGUAUAUAGGGUCAGGUUAUAAAUGUGCCAGUAUCUGUGGAUACAAUGGUCAAUCAACUUCCAAGAGAUAUCAGCGAUGAUCAUUGCAUUUAUGUUCAUAUAAAAAAGAAACGAAUCCACAAGUCAAGCUAUUUACAAGGAUUAAUUAAUAAAAAAAAUAUUAAGGCAUGGUUACAAUAUUUGGUAAACACGCCUCUUUAUACUUACUACAAUAUCACAAUUAAUCAUGGAUUCCUCAGUGAUGAUAAUGAAGAAACUCAACGAAUAAGUAACAUAGAUGAAGUCAGUGAAGAUAUCCCCAUCGAGGAGAGUCUUACAGCUCAGCAACAUACUCUUCUGUGGAACGACGAAAAAUAUUUAAGGAUCGCACCUGGAGAAUACAAUGUACCUCGUAGUUUAUUAUUCGAUGAAUACGCGGAAGAAUUGUCAUUUCCAACUAUCUAUUUGGGACAAUUUAGAACAUUCAAAGAAAACAUUAAAGCUACACCAUUCAUGAUAGCUUCCAGUGAAUUGCGUCGUACUGACCGUCGAGCAAUUACUCCCUACCAUUUGUUGUAUAUCGCUGUGAAGAUUAUGAGAUUGAGGAUUCGAGAUUGUUUCACUGUGGCGUUCAAGCAUAUUGGUCCUAAUACCAACAUAACAAGAGAACAAAUCCAAUCAGAUGAGUACAUAAACAAUUGUAUUGAAUCGAAUCUUGCUUUCCUACGUUCAAUACCAAAUUCAACUUGGUAUUGGGCACAAAGAAAGAAAGAUCUUUUCGCAAUGAUUCGACAGAACGGCAGACCAACAGCUUUCAUGACUCUUAGCGCCAAUGAAAUAGGAUGGACGAAUCUGAUACAGCUGUUGUAUAAAUUAGCGAACAAGGGAGCGGGCAUUUCCGAGCGUGCUGCGUCGGAACUAAGUUUCAUUGAAAAAAGCACACUUAUCAAUGAAGAUGCUGUGACUUGCGCUAUCUACUUUAAUAAAUUGGUUAACGUAUUGCUCACAAUAUUACAAUCCAAAGCAUGCAGUCCUUUCGGUUGCUACAGAGUUGCUGAAUACUUUAAACGUAUUGUAGUCCGCAUGCACAUGUUUUAUUGUGGCUCGAAAAUGCUCCAGAUAAUAUGAUUGAUGAAAAUAACAGUGAAGUUAUACAUUUAAUAGACAGUUUAGUAUCAGUUUCAGCAUCUCAAGCAUCAGGAAAUAUUAAAUUACAGACUCAUAAACACACAUUUACAUGCUAUAAGAAGAUAGUUGCUAAUAAACCACAAAAAUGCAGAUUUGAAGCACCUUUUAUGCCAUGUCGCAAUACAUUGAAUCUUACACCGAUGCAAAAAACAGACGAACAUUUUCAACGAUAUGCUAAGAAAUAUGCCGAAAUCAUAUCCAAUUUAGAAAGCACAGAUUACGAUAAUAUCGAUGACUUUUACGAAAAAAAUAAUAUUCAAUCGGACGAUGAAUACGGCAACAUACUUCGUGCUGGAAUUACGAGACCCAAAAUAUUCUAUAAACGCAGUCCUACAGAAAAAUGGCAUAAUCCAUUCAACCCUUUUGUUUUUAAUAUUCUAAGGUCGAACAUGGAUUUUCAAAUUAUCACUGAGGAGUAUUCCUGUGCCGCCUAUGUUGUUGAGUAUGUGAACAAAACUAAUAGAGGUGUUAGUAACUUACAACGAAAAAUUAUAGAAAUAAUGAAUGAACAUCCGGAGUUCGAUAUAGUGGAUAUUACGAGAAAAAUGAGUGUAGAUAUAUUAAAUAGUGUAGAAAUGAGUAGUCAAGAGGCUGCUUGGUAUCUGCUCAGAGAGCCAAUGUCAAAGAGCUCAGUUGUUGUCAUUUAUAUAAACACAGUGUGGCCAAUUGAACGACAAAGAAUUCGAAAGACUCAAAAAGAACUAAGUGAACUUGACGAAAAUUCCACAGAUAUUUGGAAGGAAGAUUGGUUCGAUAAAUAUCAACGACGACCCGAUGAAUUAUGUGACAUUACUCUAGCACAAUUUGUUUCUAAAUAUUAUAAAAACAAAAAUGGUGUUUACGCUGAAAGAGUAGUGCCCAAAGUUAUUCGAUAUCGAAAUUAUGAUAUUGCACAAGAUUACAAUGAAUAUAGACGAGAAAUGGUCACGUUACACAUUCCAUUUAGAAAUGAAGAUGCUGAAAUUUUAGCUGAAAUGAAAUUUAUUAAUAUCUACGAUGAAAAUGAAGCUCUAAUUUUGGAAAGAAGAAAAGAAUUUGAAUCAAACUUAGAUGUCGAAAAAACGAUUGAAAUCUGUCGACAAUUGUGCCGUGAAGACGGGAAUCUAGACGAUGAUGAGACUGAAAUUCAAGAUGUUGCGAAUCGCUUCCCAGAGCCCAAUCCUUUUCAACAAUUGUAUUGUAAUCCAAAUGCAGAUGUUAAUAUAGAUCUUCACUUAGCAACAUUGAAUAAGUUAGGUGUUAUUGCGAAGAAGAAAGAAAAUAUUAUGGAACUAGAUCAAUUCUGUCAACUAAUGAGAUCUGCAAAUGAAAAACAAAAAGAAUUCCUUCUUCAUGUCAUCGACCACAUCCUAUCUUUAACUUCAUCACCACUACAAGUAUUCUUCACUGGACCUGCUGGAUGUGGAAAAACUUUUACCAUAAAACUUGUAAUGGAAAUUUACAAUAGAUAUUCAGAUAAUGAUGGAUAUUGCAAUGCAUACAUCACAUGUGCAUCCACUGGCAAGGCUGCAGUUGCUAUCGACGGAUCGACUGUACACACUGCGUUGAAAAUAUCGCUAUCAAAACUUCUUCCAUUAUCAACAGAGACGGCAAAUCAAUAUCGUACACUGUUCAGAUAUGUAAAAGUCUUGAUCAUAGAUGAAGUAAGCAUGAUUGGUGCAGAAUUAUUAGCUCAAAUCGAUGCUAGACUAAAACAAAUAACAGGGAAUUUUGAAACGAAUUUCGGUGGAUUGGACAUGAUUUUUAUUGGUGAUUUACGGCAACUGCCGCCUGAUCGCGCGACACCAAUAUACAAACAGCCAAAACAGCGUAUGGCAGGACCAGUACUAUGGCGAGGAUUAAAAUUUUACCAAUUGACAGAAGUGAUGCGACAAAGUAAUUCAAUAUUUUCAACAUUACUCACAAAAAUCGGUAAUGGCAUGAUAUUAACAGAUGACGAAUUAGCAAUUAUUGAAUCACGAUUCUUUACAAAGGAGCAGGCUGAUCAAUUAUGUCCACAUGGAAUUCGUAUUUUUCUUACUAAUAAUUCCGUCAAUGAAUACAAUAAUACGAUAUUGCAACGUGCAGAUAAUAAAAUAGCAUCAAUAGCUACGGAUUUAUUUUUUGGAUGUCAAAGUACUGAACAAGAAGCUUUUCUCAAACAGAAAUUUCACAAAAUGUCAGUUAUUGAUACUGGCGGUUUGCCGUACGAAAUUGUUUUCGUUCCGUACAAAUCGUACAUUAUCACCACAAACAUUGAUGUAUCAGAUGGAUUGGCAAAUGGUGCAGUUGGUAAAUUGGUACAUAUUGAACAAAACGAACAAAAUGAAGUUACACGAGUGUGGUUAACUUUUGAAAAUUCACAAAAAGUUGGUAAAAAACUUCGACAAAAAGCUUCCGCUUACGUUGCGGUACAUAAUAUUGAUAAACAUGCCGUCCCAAUAGAACGCAGAACAUCUACCAUUGCCAUGAAUAAUAACAAAACAAUAAAUGCAAAACGUAAUCAUUUUCCUUUAGUAUCAGGAUGGGCCAUGACAAUUCACAAAUCUCAAGGUGGAACAUUCGAUGAAGUAGUUUAUGAAUAUGAAAGGACUCAUUCUUUAUCAUUACUUAAUGUUGCUCUAUCACGAGUUACCAGUAUUAACGGACUCUACAUAGUACCAAAAAACAAUGAUAAUAGAUUUUAUCAUGGGCGAAAAAAUGAUACAUCGAUCAUAUCUUUACAAGAUGAAUUUCGCCGAUUAUCGUUGAACACAUUGUCAACAAUAGGUAGAACAAUUCUCGAUUUUAUGAAUGACAGAAAAAAGUUGUCCAUGGUUACUUUUAAUUGCCAAAGUCUCAGAAAACACGUAUCGGACUUAAGCGAUCCCGCAAUUGAUUCAAGCAAUAUCCUGUUUUUAUCAGAAACCUGGUUAAACGACGAUGAAAAUAUUGACAUCCCGAAUUUUGAUUGCAUUGCGAAAUUCAAGCGUAAAAAUGUUAGAUCAGCAGGAGUGGCAAUUUAUCAGAAAUCGAAUGAUACCUCGAAUAUAGUAACUUCGAACAUGGACAUUCUAUUACGACAUAUUCGUGAAGUUGAUAUUGGUCAGUCAUCAAUUGGUGAUAUAUGUGCUGCUCACUGUUUUUUGGACGAUGGAACAAACAUCAUAAUGGUAAAUGUUUACAUUUCGCCCAAUAACACAGUUAAUAAUAUCAUAAAGUUUAUAUACAGAAGACUUAUGAUUUAUGGUCGAGUAGGUUCUGAAGAACUAGGAGAAAACUAUCAUACGUUGCCACUAAUCUUAGCAGGAGAUUUCAAUAUCAAUUUCGCAUCCGGAAAUGGACAACUCUUGAUAAACUUUCUACGAGAUAAAUUAGAAUUACAAAUGAAUAAUGACCGUAAUGAGCCAACUACAAGACAUGGAACAACAAUCGAUGCAGUUUUUUCUAGAUUUCUGUCUAAUUUUAAUUCUAAAAUAUAUGUAUCGUAUUUCUCGUAUCAUAAGCCUAUUGUCUCGGUUUUACAAUCAACCACAGUAAUUACUGAUGCACCCAAUAAUGAAAAUAACGAAAAACAGGCGAAAAAACAGGCGAAAACUGCAGCUCGACGCAUACGAGAAUAUCGUGAGAGAAGGAAUGAUAAUGUCAACAUGAAAUCCAAUAAUCCAUCGGGAAAUAAUGAAGAACAAUCAGAUGAUAUUCAAAGUGCUGGUCCAUCAUCAAAAAAACAGGCGAAAACUGCAGUUCAACGCAUACGAGAAUAUCGUGAGAGAAGAAAAGAUAAUGUCAACAUGGAAUCCAAUAAUCCAUCGGGAAAUAAUGAAGAACAAUCAGAUGAUAUUCAAAGUGCUGGUCCAUCAUCAAAAAAACAGGCGAAAAAACAGGCGAAAACUGCAGUUCAACGCAUACGAGAAUAUCGUGAGAGAAGAAAAGAUAAUGUCAACAUGGAAUCCAAUAAUCCAUCGGGAAAUAAUGAAGAACAAUCAGAUGAUAUUCAAAGUGCUGGUCCAUCAUCAAAAAAACAGGCGAAAAAACAGGCGAAAACUGCAGUUCAACGCAUACGAGAAUAUCGUGAGAGAAGAAAAGAUAAUGUCAACAUGGAAUCCAAUAAUCCAUCGGGAAAUAAUGAAGAACAAUCAGAUGAUAUUCAAAGUGCUGGUCCAUCAUCAAAAAAACAGGCGAAAAAACAGGCGAAAACUGCAGUUCAACGCAUACGAGAAUAUCGUGAGAGAAGAAAAGAUAAUGUCAACAUGGAAUCCAAUAAUCCAUCGGGAAAUAAUGAAGAACAAUCAGAUGAUAUUCAAAGUGCUGGUCCAUCAUCAAAAAAACAGGCGAAAAAACAGGCGAAAACUGCAGUUCAACGCAUACGAGAAUAUCGUGAGAGAAGAAAAGAUAAUGUCAACAUGGAAUCCAAUAAUCCAUCGGGAAAUAAUGAAGAACAAUUAGACCUCUGUGAUUUAACUUUGAAGUACGACGACAUUGCAAAACAUAAAAAGGCUCAUGAAAAUUUCGAUAGAAAAUUUCGGAAAAAUCCAUUUGGUUAUUCAUGUACAAUCUGUGAUAGAUUAUGGUUCAAAAAUGACUUAAAAAAGGCAUCUGACAAUUAUAAAGAUCUAUUGAAGAAAAUAACGAAUAUCAACAACAUUAAAGAUGCAAUGAUUUGUUCGACAUGUAAAGUUAGUCUUGAAAAGCAAAAUAUUCCAAUAUUGUCAUGGUACAAUGGAUUUAAAUAUCCAGAAAUUCCUGCACAAUUACCGAAACUUGACCUAGUUACGGAAAGAUUAAUUUCUCCUCGUCUCCCAUUUAUGCAGAUACGAAGACUACGGCUUGUGCAUGGGCAGUUUGGUAUAUAGGGUCAGGUUAUAAAUGUGCCAGUAUCUGUGGAUACAAUGGUCAAUCAACUUCCAAGAGAUAUCAGCGAUGAUCAUUGCAUUUAUGUUCAUAUAAAAAAGAAACGAAUCCACAAGUCAAGCUAUUUACAAGGAUUAAUUAAUAAAAAAAAUAUUAAGGCAUGGUUACAAUAUUUGGUAAACACGCCUCUUUAUACUUACUACAAUAUCACAAUUAAUCAUGGAUUCCUCAGUGAUGAUAAUGAAGAAACUCAACGAAUAAGUAACAUAGAUGAAGUCAGUGAAGAUAUCCCCAUCGAGGAGAGUCUUACAGCUCAGCAACAUACUCUUCUGUGGAACGACGAAAAAUAUUUAAGGAUCGCACCUGGAGAAUACAAUGUACCUCGUAGUUUAUUAUUCGAUGAAUACGCGGAAGAAUUGUCAUUUCCAACUAUCUAUUUGGGACAAUUUAGAACAUUCAAAGAAAACAUUAAAGCUACACCAUUCAUGAUAGCUUCCAGUGAAUUGCGUCGUACUGACCGUCGAGCAAUUACUCCCUACCAUUUGUUGUAUAUCGCUGUGAAGAUUAUGAGAUUGAGGAUUCGAGAUUGUUUCACUGUGGCGUUCAAGCAUAUUGGUCCUAAUACCAACAUAACAAGAGAACAAAUCCAAUCAGAUGAGUACAUAAACAAUUGUAUUGAAUCGAAUCUUGCUUUCCUACGUUCAAUACCAAAUUCAACUUGGUAUUGGGCACAAAGAAAGAAAGAUCUUUUCGCAAUGAUUCGACAGAACGGCAGACCAACAGCUUUCAUGACUCUUAGCGCCAAUGAAAUAGGAUGGACGAAUCUGAUACAGCUGUUGUAUAAAUUAGCGAACAAGGGAGCGGACAUUUCCGAGCGUGCUGCGUCGGAACUAAGUUUCAUUGAAAAAAGCACACUUAUCAAUGAAGAUGCUGUGACUUGCGCUAUCUACUUUAAUAAAUUGGUUAACGUAUUGCUCACAAUAUUACAAUCCAAAGCAUGCAGUCCUUUCGGUUGCUACAGAGUUGCUGAAUACUUUAAACGUAUUGUAGUCCGCAUGCACAUGUUUUAUUGUGGCUCGAAAAUGCUCCAGAUAAUAUGAUUGAUGAAAAUAACAGUGAAGUUAUACAUUUAAUAGACAGUUUAGUAUCAGUUUCAGCAUCUCAAGCAUCAGGAAAUAUUAAAUUACAGACUCAUAAACACACAUUUACAUGCUAUAAGAAGAUAGUUGCUAAUAAACCACAAAAAUGCAGAUUUGAAGCACCUUUUAUGCCAUGUCGCAAAACAUUGAAUCUUACACCCAUGCAAAAAACAGACGAACAUUUUCAACGAUAUGCUAAGAAAUAUGCCGAAAUCAGAUCCAAUUUAGAAAGCACAGAUUACGAUAAUAUCGAUGACUUUUACGAAAAAAAUAAUAUUCAGUCGGACGAUGAAUACGGCAACAUACUUCGUGCUGGAAUUAAGAGACCCAAAAUAUUCUAUAAACGCAGUCCUACAGAAAAAUGGCAUGUAUUUGGGUCUUUUUUGUUUGAUGUGCAAGUGGCAAAGUCAUGCAACUCUCCACAAGCUACAUAUACUGCGCGAAGUGUGCAGUAAGACCUGGUGUGCCCAUACUCUUGGCAAUUUGUGCAUUGUACAGGGCCGUUUAUUUUAUGCGGUUCCUCCACAGUGAUCCUACGACGUAUCAAAUAUUGAAGUUUGUUGAUGGGGUGCACACAAUUUUUUCUAAGUUAUUGUUUUUCUGGUUCUUUGAACAUAGGCAGUGGGAUUUUUUUUUUAUUAAAAAUACUAGCAGCCCGUCCUGGUUUCGCACGGUGUAGACAAUUACUUACUUUUGGAAAUUUGGAUAUAAAACACUUUUUUUCACAAAUAUUUUUAUUUGUAUUAAAAAAAAUCCCACAGUUAUAUUUGUAUGUAAGUCUAUUUAUGUUCAAUUUCUUUGAUGGUUUAAGUGGCGGGCACUUAAAUAAGUAAUAUUUACAUAGGAUAUUAUAUACAUUUUUACUAUGUUUUUUUAAGUAAUUAGAUUAAAAGCAGAGUCGAAUAAAAUAUAUACAGUCUAAAUUAAA